AUGAGCAUCCGAUGCCGCGUCAUCAACUUGAUGAGCAUCCGAUGCCCGUCAUCAGAGCAGCGUUUCCGAAUGAUCAACGAGCAUAUCCCUGCGAAUGCUCUCGAAUUGAAUUGGCGCUGUGGUAUCCAGUGA